AUGUCUUCCUUUUUGCCUGCCGUGGCUGAAGAACUUUUAAGAGAUGUCAAGAAGGCUUAUCAAGAAACGUCACAGAUUCCCGAUGACCUUCUUUUGGCGCUGAAGUUCGUGUUCGGGCCCUCAGCCCUACAGGCCUUGGACCUGGUGGAUCAGCGUUCUGUCUCCUGUCUCUCAUCCCCCAGCGGGCGAACCGUGUUUCAGGUGGUCGGAGGUUCGGGACGCCUGUAUACCUGUUACACCUCCUGCCAUUACUGCCCCUGCCCGGCGUUCGCCUUCUCCGUGCUCCGGAAGAACGACAGCUUGCUGUGUAAACACAUCUUGGCUGCCUACCUCUGCCAGGCCAUGGGACUCUCCCAGCAGGAGGCGGUGACCGACCAGCAGAUGUCCGACAUUCUCUCCGGGAAAGCAGGCAGAGGCACGUAG